AUGGACUCAGCAGCAGAUAAGGAGGAGCGCAAGCGCGAGUACAACCGACUUGCUCAACGCGAAUUCCGCCGCCGAAGAAAGGACCACCUUAAAAAUCUUGAACAGGCACAGAGGGAGCAAAACUCGGUGCAAUCAGAAGAGAUUGAACGCCUAAGAUAUCAAAACGAUGAACUUCGCCGAGAAAAUGAAGGUCUCAGAACGCAGCUCUAUGGUCAUUCAGCGCCACCCUCUCACGCGCUGCUAGCUGCACCGAUCAAUGUAUCAGGCGAAGGUCGCGCUUACUCGCUCUCUCCCUCGGUCUCAGGGGCUUCGCUCCCGGGAACCGCCAGCCCUCCAGCAUCUUUGGCUUCAGAUAUGAUGCCAUUGUCAUCUCUUUCCCUAACGUCGUCCAUGUUAGUCCCAAGCAUGUCAGCAUACACCGACCACUCAGCCAUGUCAUCUCAGCCAUAUUCAAUGGUACAUCCAUCCGGGCUCCGUCACAAUUCACAAAGCUCACCUGAGUCAUCAGGGUUUCGAAGUUCUGGACCUGCAAUGGGAACCCAUUUUCAGUCUUUGAACAUAUCCGAGGCUCAAUCAACCCAAGUGCCACGAAGCCAUCACAGGGAUCAUCCAAAUCUGGUAAUUGCUCCUCACGACCGAAACACUGCCCGAGCCGAGAUCAAUCAGAUAUUCCAGCCCUUGUACUCUGAUCCGUCUAUCACCUCAAAUCCGGAAAGACAUCUUGCGGUUUUACGAUCCUUGAGCUCCAGUUUACCAGGUGCGUUGAAACCAAGCAAAGCACAGCUGGAAACACCGCAUUAUUGGGGUAUCGACAUGAUAGCAUCGCCUUCCCUGCGAGAGAGGCUAUUAACGGUCACUCCGGAUGUCGCCCAAAGCUUCGUUACAGAGAUUGGUAUCACGGGGACUGAACGAGAGGGUAUGGAACAGCUGACCAUCUGGGGAGAUGAUGCGCUCAAUGAGAUGUCUUGGGAAUUUUCACAGGGCAUUCUUGAGCGUUGGGGGUGGCUGCUGGGGCGGGACUGGGUCAAUCGGGCAAACGAUUGGCGGCGACAGAGAGGAGACCCCCUUCUACCAGAGUGGUGA